AGAGGAUUUCUUCAAAAGAAAAAAAAAAAAAAAAAGCAGUCAACACAACCCAACUGACAACUCUAAUCUGAACCUGAUCCUCGUUUCUUUCUCUCUCUCAAAACCGUAACUUCUCCUCCUGCAAUCGAUCGAAUCCAACAGAGAUUUGAAAUUGAGAAUUUUGCAGAGAGCAAUUGUCAAAAAGAAGACGGUGUCGAUCUCACGGCCAAGAUUUAGGUCAUGUGACGAGGAGGUCUGGUUCCGCCGCGAUGAGGACUAAUACCACCGCCACGCAGCGACGGACACGAAAGGUUGUGACUCCUAAGCCUGAGAAAUUGGGAUGGGAGCAAUAUCUUCAGAAGAAUCAUCGGUCAUUGCAACAGAAGAUGAUCGAGCUUGAGAAUUUGGAGAUGAUGUCAAAACAUGGCCCUGAACUUUGGAGACAGAACAACCAUCGGUUAGAAGUAUUCUUGUCCAGAAUGCAAAGACUAGCUCAAGAGCAGAAUACUGGUUUGAGUACUGGUAUUGUUGAAUUGAGUUAAGAAAUAGACAACUGGUUUGAAUACUGGUAUUGUUUCCAUGGAUGUUUCUGCAGUAUAGUGAAGAUCAUAGGGGAAGGCGUAACAGUUUGAGAAAGGAGAUCAUUUUGUUUUUGUACUGCAAUUUGCCGGUGGGGGCUAUUGUUUAUGGGCUGUUCUUUUUUCUUUUCUCUGUUUUGGUUCUUGUCUAGAAACGUAAAAGUCUUUUUUUUUUUCUCUGUUUUGAAAAUUCUCAUUGAGUGACUUGCAACCUAGUGGUUCAGUGUCUUUUUUUGUUCAAUGAAACGUAAAAUUACGAGACUGCAACUUUCUUUGGGCUUUACAAAGUUUGCAAGAUUUACACUUGGAGAAUAUUGAGUUAUGGUCUGAUUGUGCUGCGGCAAUUGAGGCAGUAA